AUGGCGGCAGCAAAACCAGUGAUCAAAGUGGCCGCCCUAUGUGGGGCAAUAACUAAAGGCUCUCACAACAGAGCCUUACUUCGUUAUGCUAUUGAGUUAACUAAGCAAGACAUUGAUGGGAUCGAGAUUGAUUACGAAGAAAUUGCACCACUUCCAAUGUUGAACACCGAUCUCGAGGUUGACGGCAAGUAUCCGGCGGUUGUUGAGGCUUUCCGGCAGAGGAUUUUGGCGGCUGAUAGAGUCCUCUUUGCUACCCCAGAGUACAACUACUCCGUUACUGCACCCUUGAAGAAUGCAAUUGACUGGGGAUCUCGACCACCGAAUGUUUGGGCUGAUAAGGCGGCUGCCAUCGUAACUGACGCCGGGAGUUUAGGCGGUGCGCGGGCACAAUAUCAUUAUCGUCAAAUUGGGGUGUAUCUUGAUCUUCAUUUCAUCAACAAACCCGAGUUUUUCUUGAAUGGAUAUGGGUCUCCACCUAAGUUUGAUGGUAAUGGCAACCUUAUUGACCAAGCUUCCAUGAAGAAAAUGAAGGAAGUUCUUCUUUCCUUGCAAUCAUUUACUCUGCGACUCCGAGGUAAGCGCUGCUCAAUCCAUUAUCAAUAA